AUGGACGACGAGUUCCUGGCGUACGCCCUCCUCAACUCGCUCCCUUCCGACUCACGGUGGGACACCUUCCGCACGACCAUCCUCAGCGCCAUCCCCCUUGGCCAGUCGCUCACCUUCAGCGAUGUUGAUGCCCGCAUCCAUGCUGAGGUCGCCCGCACCACCUCCUCCUCGUCCGAGUCCGCCCUCAAGGCUUCUGGCUCCACGCCGAAGCAGAGCGGCAAGAAGCACUGCUCACAGCAUGGCUUCAACGACUCGCACACGACGGACGAGUGCCGCGUGCUGAAGUCCAAGCAGGACAACGCAGACGGGAAGCGCAAGAAGAAGAAGAAGAAGCGGACGGAUGCACAUAAGGUGGUGGAACACUCGGACUCAGACUCGGACUCGGCCAGCGUAGACUCAGAUACCAGCGCUCAGGCGCAUCAUGUACAUAUCUCGAAGUCUCUCCGCAAGCGCAUUCAGGCCUACCUCACGUCCGAUACCCCCCGCAAGUCUACUCCCAUCCUCAUCGACUCUGGUGCCUCCGCUCACAUG